AACCUAAAAUUUUAUAAUUUAUUUUAGUUGUUUAUUUCAACUAUCAUGGACUCAGCGGCACAUUUGCAGGUGCAGUGCCUGAUCGGGGUGCAGUGUGAGCACUUCGUGAUGAUCGCUGCCGACCAGACCAACAUACAGAGUGUAGUCUUAGUAAAAGACGAUGAGAACAAAAUCUUCAACGUGUCAGACAGGAUCAUCGUCGGCAUGAACGGAGACUACGGCGACAUGGGCCAGUUCUCUCAGUUCGUGAUCCGAAACCUGGCGCUGUACAGGUUGAGGAACGGCUACCCGCUAGGGACGGCUGCUGCCGUGCACUUUGUGAGGAGGAAGCAGGCCGAGCUGCUGGGGAAAGGGGCCCCGUACCAAUUGAACCUACUGAUCGGGGGCUACUGCGAGCGCGAGGGUCCUCGGCUGUUCUUCGUGGACUUCCUCUCGUCGAGCCACUGCCUCGGCUACGCGGCGCACGGGCUGGGCGGCGUGCUCUGCGCCUCCAUACUCGACAGAUAUUACAGAAUUACAAUGAAUGAGAAGGAAGCCUACAACCUGUUAGUGAUGUGUGUGAAAGAGAUACAGAAGAGGCUGAUGAUACAACUGCCCAAGUUCCAAGUGAGCAUGGUCAAUAAGGAUGGCAUUAAGUGCUUAAACCCCAUCGUCCAAGAAACACCGGUUCAGGAAUUUAAAAAAAUUAGAUGAAAUGGCAGAUUUUACACUGCUACGGAAGUAUUUAUUAACUAUGUUUUGGUGAUGAUUUAUGUUUUUAUACUUAGUAUAUUUAAUACUUUUAUUUUUAUAGAAAUAAAGUGCGAAAGCUGAAUAACA